CACCUCCUCCUGCUGCCGCCGCUUCCCUCUCAGCACCCGCCCCAGCUCUAGCCCGCCGGCUCGCCGGUGCAGCCGCGAUGCCCCGGAGCCAGACCCCGGCCCGGGUCCCCGGCCCAGCACGUAAUUAGCCUCCCUGCGUCCCGAGGGCGCCGGCGCCACCGCCAACGCCGCGCCCCGACGCAGCGAUGGGCAACACGGUGCACAGGACCCUUCCAGAGUCCAGCCCGCCGGCGCGCCUCCUGGCCACCCGGCCUUGCUGCGGCCCCGGCCCGGAGCGGCGCCCGGUGCUGGGCGAAGCGCCGCGCUUCCACGCGCAGGCCAAGGGCAAGAACGUGCGGCUAGACGGCCACUCGCGCCGAGCCACGCGGCGCAACAGCUUCUGCAACGGGGUCACGUUCACGCAGCGGCCCAUCCGGCUGUACGAGCAGGUGCGGCUGCGCCUGGUGGCCGUGCGCCCGGGCUGGAGCGGGGCGCUGCGCUUCGGCUUCACAGCACACGACCCGUCGCUCAUGAGUGCCCAGGACAUCCCCAAGUACGCCUGUCCCGACCUGGUCACGCGGCCCGGCUACUGGGCCAAGGCGCUGCCGGAGAACCUGGCGCUGCGCGACACGGUGCUGGCCUACUGGGCGGACCGCCACGGCCGUGUCUUCUACAGCGUCAACGACGGCGAGCCCGUGCUCUUCCACUGCGGCGUGGCGGUGGGCGGCCCGCUCUGGGCGCUCAUCGACGUCUACGGCAUCACCGACGAGGUGCAGCUCCUCGAAAGCGGGUUCGCCGACACGCUGACGCCCGCGCGCCUCGGCCAGGCCCGCUUCAGCGCCUGCCUGCCGCCCAGCAGCCACGACGCGGCCAACUUCGACAACAACGAGCUCGAGAACAACCAGGUGGUGGCCAAGCUGGGCCACCUAGCCCUGAGCCGCGCCCCAGGCCCGGCCCCCGCCGACCACGCGGCCGCAGCCAUCCCGUGCGGGCCCCGCGAGCGCCAGCGGCCCUCGUCGUCGCCGGCGCUGCUCGAGGCCGACCUGCGCUUCCACGCGACGCGCGGGCCCGACGUGAGCCUGUCGCUCGACCGCAAGGUGGCCUGCGCGCCGCGCCCCGACGGCGGCCGCACCCUCGUCUUCUCCGAGCGCCCACUGCGGCCCGGGGAGAGCCUCUUCGUGGAAGUGGGCCGCCCGGGGCUGGCGGCGCCCGGUGCGCUGGCCUUCGGCAUCACGUCGUGCGACCCGGGAGGGCUCCGGCCUGCUGAGCUGCCCGCGGACCCCGACGCGCUCAUCGACCGCAAGGAGUACUGGGUGGUGGCGCGCGCCGGACCCGUGCCGAGCGGCGGCGACGCGCUCAGCUUCACGCUGCGGCCCGGCGGCGACGUGCUCCUGGGCGUCAACGGGCGCCCGCGCGGCCGCCUGCUGUGUGUCGACACCACGCAGGCGCUCUGGGCUUUCUUCGCCGUGCGCGGCGGCGCCGCCGGCCAGCUGCGCCUCCUCGGAACCCUGCAGUCCAGCCCUGCGACCACAUCCCCGUCAGGGUCCCUCAGCGGCUCCCAGGACGACAGCGACUCCGACAUGGCCUUCAGUGUCAACCAGUCCUCCUCGGCAUCUGAGUCAUCCCUGGUGACGGCACCCAGCUCCCCGCUGAGCCCACCAGUGUCGCCCGUGUCCUCCCCGCCGGAGCUGGUGGGCAGCAAGAGCAGCGAGUGCACCGUGUGCUUCGACGGCGAGGUGGACACGGUCAUCUACACAUGCGGACACAUGUGUCUGUGCCACGGCUGUGGCCUGCGGCUCAAGAGGCAGGCCCGGGCCUGCUGCCCCAUCUGCCGGCGGCCCAUCAAGGACGUCAUUAAGACCUACAGGCCGUAGCCUGGCCCGCCCACGGGCCUUGACCAGAGCAAGGUCAGCUUUCUGAAGCCCACCCCCUGGGCCAGGCAACCACCAUGGCCACCAGGGAGCCCAAUGGCACUGCCAUCUCGCCCGCCACCCUGCAGUGGUGGGCACGGCGUGACAGUCAUGGAGAUGAGGCCCCCGGGGGCCCGAGUUCAAGUGAGGGUUGCUUCUGGCCUGAGAGUGCUGUGCCCCCAAAAGGCCGUCCCCCGGUGGUCUCAGCUGGGAGACUGUCCCGUGUGCCAUGCCUUCUGCUGGGGUUGGUUGAGUGUGAGUGCGAGAGGGGGCGGGCUGAGAAUGACUGAGAGAAACCCAUUGGUAUUUAUCCAGGGAUCCUGGCUCUGGGAGGUUAUUUAACACUAAGGAAUGUGCAAUCUGGAGCCCAGACGGCAGUGGGACAAGAAGCUGUUCACUUUCUGGGGCUAUGACGUCAGCUGGUUUUGAAUAUACGGAACCCGCACCUAAACAGAACUCCCACGGAUGGUAUAGGAAAGGGACACUCAGAUUUUCUAAGGCGAGGAAAAAAUAGCUCAUUGUUUACAGCUCCAAAGCGGCAACUUCUGGGGGGGGCGGUGCGGGGGGAAGGUGGGUGGAGAACCUAAAAGAACAAUUUGCUUUUUUAGUAUCUAACUCAGUCUCUCAGUCUCAGAGAGCAGUUUUGAGGGGUGCUGGGGCCAGAGCUCUGGGUGGUGUCCCCUCUAAAGCCUUGUCACCCUUCCACCCCCAGACCACCUAAUAGUAAGUGCUACACCCCUUGACUCCACCCACAAAUGCUUUCAGUCUGUACCACCCUCACCAUCUGCAGGAAAAUAAAACAGCAGUUCCCCUUUUCCUGGGGGAGGGAAAGAAUCCUAGAUACCAGUGAGCCCCCUGGGGUUGGAAAGGGCCACUCCUCAGCUCUCCACAUUUUCUGCUGAAAUGCUAGGCCUGGCACUCGCCAGCAGCUGUGAGCAUCACCAAGGUGACCUGCUGCCAAGUAGAGGGAGGAAGCGUGGCUUUGCCACCAUCUUUGAUCUGAUUCUCAGCUCAUCUUCCCCUGCUGAUUGCUGAGAUGUUAACUGAUUAUUAGGAUGUUAGCUAGGAACUGAGACACUCGCUGAAAAUGCUGACCUUGUGACUCUCCCCCUCCCAAGAGCAAUUUGCUGGGCAUUUUCUAGCCCCCGGCCCUGCUUCCCCUCCAUUACCCGCUCACCCCUGCCCAGGCCCGUCUCUGCAGACUCCCAGACCACGCCUGGGUUGACGAGUUGGCCGGCCUGCAGUUCCCAUCUGGGCCCCAGUUCUGGGCCCCACCUUCCCUGUCUUGUGCUGUAUCUUUAGGGAGGGCCCCGAGCCUCUCUGUUUCUCACUUCCCGAUCUGUCUAAGAAGAAACCUAGUACCUGCCCACUCCGGAGCUCUUGGGAGGACCAGCACAACAUUCUACAAAGCCCAAGACACCUUGUGAAGAACAGGUAUUUUUAGUCCAGUUCCUAAUCUGUUCAUCUAUUGAGGAAGACAAGCAAAGGAGGACGUUCAGAGUUUUUGCAUUCAUAUGACACAUUUUGCUGGGUGUCUAGAGGCCCCUUCUGUAGAUCAAGUCUCCUAAGGCCAGUCAGUCCAUGCCCUUGUGGUGCUCCGGGUCUUGGACUAUCUGCUUCUUCACCUGGUAUUCGGACCUGCUCUCAGCCUCAGAAACCCUCCUCUUGCCCCUGCAGGAAUCCCUGAUUGGUUUUUGUUUUUUUUUUCCCUCGUGAACUUGGGAACUACAUCCAGAUUUUAACUUCACAGCAGAACCUUCAGGGGAGCAACUGACACCUCACCAUUUGCCAGAUUAAGCGUCUGCAAACCUAGGCAUUGCUCAGCAGCCAGCUGAAUUCUUUUCCCCCUCGUGUUGGGUGUGGGCAAAGCCACACACAGGCCCCAGGAGAGAGGGCUCAUCACCGCCCGGGCUGGUGUUCUCCAGGAAGCAGCCCCCCUGGCUGGACCGAUCCAUAGUCACAGCCCUGGAGGUCUCUGCAGCCAGCGCCUCUCUCCUGUCACCUCAGGUUCCAGCCGGGCUCAGUGCAGCCACGGCCAGGAGUCCGGGACCUGGGGCCUGGACCCAGGGCAGACCAGGACGUGUGCCUGGUGGCUUGUCGCCUGGAAGGGGGAGCUCAUGGCCUGUGGAAUUCGCUCUGCAGCCGCUAUUAGUAGCAUCCCCAUUUCCAAGAGGAAUUAAAGGGGUGUUUAUCUGCUCAAAACCAGACAUUUCCAGUUUAGACAUUUCCUCUAAACUGAUUUAUUCAGCACUGCAGAGAAGCUGCCCACACUGCCCCCUAGGUUCUGUCUGGAGAAGGGGCAGGAGUAAAGGGACAGGAACCAUGCUCCUUUAUCUGGCAGCCCUGUGUGCCCUGCACGGCGCUGCAGAGGUGCGUCCCCACAUCAACCCUGCGAGGCACGUCUUCGUACUAUAUUGAAGACACCACCAAUUAUAAAAUACACCAUUCUGUGUGCCACUAAGGGAAAAACACUGCCAAUUUUAACUGUAAGGUGCCACAGCUAUACAAUUCAUUUUAUUCAGACAUGUUAUGUAGAAAAGCUGUGUUCUUUAGAAUCAGUGGAAUCUGCUAUUACCCCAUUUGGCAGGUGAGAAAACUGAGGUCCGCGAAGUGAAGCAGGAGGUGGCAGGACUGGGCUUCAAGCCCAGUGGUGCCUGGUGCCGAACCCCACGCUCUCCACUGCCUCUCCCCAGGUCCAGAAAGCUCAAGAAAUCGCUUGAGUUUUCUUCCUUGAAGCUUACCUGGGCAGCCCCUGGAGAGAGCCGGGCACAUGCCCCUGUGUGAGGGUUCCAGCCCCAGACUGACGCCUCUUUGCCACCCGAAGCCUGGGAAGACUCAUGUCCUUUCUUUCAGGCUCAUCUGCCCACUGCCACCUUCUCCUGGCCUCUUCCUAUUACAUGUGGGCACCCAUCUGGGGCACCCUGGGGGAGAGCCUUGUCCCAUUCACCUUCCUGGGCCCUGUGACCACCACCCUCUUAAACAGGGCCCCCUGGGGGUGGGGAGGGGAGACUGGAAGAUGCCCUCUUUGUUGUGAUCUGGUGCCACCAGAGAAAUCUGGCUGUUUCCGAGUCAAGACAAACGCCUUUGUCUAGCCUGUUCUCAGCCUGGGAGUCUUCUGGGAUUUAGCUACCUGGGGCACUGCUCCCCAAAGUGUAGCAAGACUUCUUCAGCCAUCCACAACUCCUGGUCAGCAUGGCCUGUGUUCUGGACACAGGGACAGAAACUGGGUCUAAAGACAAGCCUGCGGGCAGCUCGUGGCGCAGAGCAGGAGGUGGACAGAUUUGUAGACGUGUAUUUGGCCCGUCCAGCGCUGGGUCCUGUGAUGGCACAUAGUAGGUACUCAUUAAAGGUUUCCUGAGUAGUCCAGAGAUCUGGUUAUGAGUGUUCAAGGAUUUGGUAAAACAUCAUGACACGUGCACACAGUCAUUCAGUGAACAUGUGCUGAGCAUCUACUGCCUGAGGAGUACAAGGAGGACCAACCGAGGGACAGGAGCCCAGCUCUGACAUCAGAGGAAGGACAUCAUGAGACAUUUGGGGCAGAGUUUGAGGGCUCUCUUGGCCCUUCUGUUGCCUCGGGGGUCUAUCUUGGUCAGUACACAACUGCUUUCCAGACCCAGAGACCCCUGCACACUUCAAAAACCCUUCUCUGCAUUAGGAAUGCCAGGCACCUUAUAGGCAGCAAACUGCUGCUGAAAUGGCCUUUGGCAGAACCGUUCAGGGCCCCACCAACUAAUGAUCGCCCUCAGGCCUUGCCAGGGAGGGAGACGUGGGGAGAGAGCUACCUUCUACUUUCAGGCCUUGGGACUGGUGGCUGGAGAUCAAUCCCCAAGUGGCCAGGGAACCCGCAGUCAUUUCCAGAAUAGGAAUGUACAGAGUUGGCAAAUGAGAGGCAGUCUCCUUCCGCCGCUCAGUCUGGUCUCUGCCCUGGCUCUGGCAGAGAGGCUGUGGCUCAGGAACACGGGGCCUCUCUCCGUGUCUACUUGUCUCACCGUCUUUCUAACGAAAUGACUUGUACAACAAUCUGUCCGUGCCUUAUGAAAGUGUCUGCGCACUUUAAACCCUCUUUAAGAGCAACUUUAAAAAAGUGGGCCAG